AUACUACACUGUAUUAUUUUCUCUUCGAUUACACUACUUGACUUCACUAAAGGGAUGGGCAAAUGGGAAAAAAAAUAUUGAUAUAUAUCGUAUCGAUAGUUUCAAAUAUAUCGAUGAUUUUGCGCAAUAAGUGAUUAUCUAUAAAUAUUGCCAAAAUAUUCGAAAUUUUAAAGCAAAUAAACACCUGGCUGUUUUCUUAUUUAAAAUAGGUGUAUAAAGCCAUGAAAACAUCAUCAACACAACAAAAAAUACAUUAUUCAAACAAUUCAGUAUUUAUCUGAUAUUAACAUCAGGAGCACUCUCUGUGAUACCAACCAAACCAACAAGCAGUAUGAACAAACAAAAAAGGCAAGCAGGAUAAAGACUUAAUUUCGAAACUCAUACAGCCUACUGCCUACUUCUUUAUUUAAAUUUAAGAAAAACAUGAUGCGGCGUAUGAGCAGACAGCAAAACUUUAAAAAAUAUGUCAAUUAUGAUAUGAAUUUGAUAUCUGAAAAUAAAUAUCGAAAUCCGAUAUAUCGCGGGAAAAAUAUCGCUGAUUUAUAUCGAUGUUUUUCAGAAAAAAAAAACUUGAUUUUUUGAUAUAUCGAUAGUUUUUGCCAAUCCUACUUGAUUACUGAAAAUUUGACGUCUAAAUGUCUAUAUACCUACUGAGUCUGUGAUGUCUAUUUAAAUUUUAUAAUAAUAAAGAUAAUUCGAUAAUUUAUCAUAAAAAUGUCAGCAGAAAAAAGACCAGCUGGUGCAGAAAAUUCAGAAGAUGCUGAUGAGGGUGAUGGCUGGAUUGGACCAAUGCCUUCAGAAGCUGUAAAAUCAAAACCUAAAAAACGUAAAGUUCUGGAGUUUGAAUCUCUUUACGUUGAAAAUUUGCCAUCUUCAGAAACAUACGAACGUAGUUAUAUGCAUCGUGAUGUAGUCACUCAUGUUAUUGUAACGAAAACUGAUUUCGUUGUUACUGGAAGUCAAGACGGUCAUUUAAAAUUUUGGAAAAAACAGGAUGAAGGUAUCGAGUUUGUUAAACAUUUCAGAUGUCAUUUAGCACCAAUUUGUCACAUGUCUACAAAUAGCACAGGCACAUUGCUUUGUACAGCAUCUCCAGAGAAAACUAUUAAAGUGUUUGAUGUUGUUAAUUUUGGUAAGCAUAUAUUACUAAUCAGAAAGUUAUUACAGUAAGUAAAACUAGCAGUGAUCUCAUUAUUUUGACUACUUAUUUUCAGACAUGAUCAAUAUGAUUACAAUACAAUUUGAGCCAUACUGCACAGAAUGGAUUCACUCUGCUGGAGAUCCUAUUUCAGCACUGGCUGUGUAAGUUACCCUUUUUCAGUUCUCAUGAAUAUAAAUAUUCUAAAAAUAAUAUAAAUGUUUGGAUGUCUAUGAAAAAUCAAUUCAUAAUCACUAUCAGUAUUGGUCAAGUUUGUUUUUGUUCUAAAAUCUAUAGUGGAUUUUACAGAUCUGAAAAGGGCAGCAAUAAAAUACAUGUGUUUGAUGGCACUCAAGUAUCUGGUACUCCACUUCAUACAUUUGAAACCCUACACCAAACCACAGUUGCUACUAUAAAGUACAAUGCUGUUUUUGAGAUAGCAGUUUCAGUGGACAAGGCUGGCAUUGUAGAGUAUUGGACCGGUCCUAAACAUGAGUAUAAGUACCCAAAAAAUGUAGACUUUGAAUCCAAAUUAGAUACAGAUCUCUUUGAUUUUGUGAAAAACAAAACUUAUCCUACUGCACUGGCAUUCUCCCCUGAUGGAAAGAAGAUGGCUUCAAUCGGUUUGGAUAGAAAGGUGCGUGUGUUCCACUUCCUGUCAGGCAAACUGCACAAGGUGUUGGACGAGAGCCUCCAGCGGUUCCAGGAGCUGCAGCAUCAGACUCAGCAGCUGCCCAACAUGGAGUUUGGCAGAAGGAUGGCAGCGGAGCGUGACCUGGAGAAGUCGGACGCGGUGCACUUCGCUAACGUGCUGUUCGACGCGAGCGGUCACUUCGUGGUGUACGCGACGAUGCUCGGCGUGAAGGUCGUCAACCUCGUCACCAACCGCUGCGUCGCCAUGCUCGGGAAACCGGAGAACCUGCGACCUCUGCAUCUGGCCUUGUUCCAGGGGCGUACCAAUCAAUCGAAAGUGGCCACCACCCUAGAGAUGGAAGGCUCAGAGAAUCCCACCUUAUUGAACGUGAAGACGGACCCCACUCUCUUCUGUACGGCGUAUAAAAAGAACCGGUUCUAUAUGUUCUCCCGGCGGAGUCCUGAUGAUAUAAAGAGUCCCGACGCGGACCGGGACAUUUUCAACGAGAAACCAUCUAAAGAGGACAUUAUAUCUGCUACAGAAGGUCAAGGCGUGCAGCGCGUGUACGAGCAGGCGGUGCUGCACACGUCGCUGGGCGACAUCCACGUGCGCGUGUUCGGCAAGGAGGUGCCGCGCACCGCCGAGAACUUCUGCGUGCACGCGCGCAGCGGCUACUACAACGGGCACGUGUUCCACCGCGUCAUCAAGGGGUUCAUGGUGCAGACCGGGGACCCCACGGGUACGGGCACUGGCGGGGAGAGUAUAUGGGGUGGUGAGUUCGCAGACGAGUUCCGUCCGCAGCUGAAGCACGACCGUCCGUACACGGUCAGUAUGGCCAACGCUGGACCCAACACUAACGGCAGCCAGUUCUUCAUCACAUUAGCGCCCACCCCGUGGUUGGAUAACAAACACACAGUAUUCGGUCGAGUUGUGCGCGGUAUGGAGGUUGUGCAAAACAUCGGCUCGGCGAAAACCAACCCUAAAACCGAUAAGCCGUACGACGACAUUCGCAUCAUUUCAGUCACUGUCAAGUAAUAUUAAGUAGAUGAAAUGAGAAAACGCAAGUACAAAUAAAUUAGAAGCAAUUUUUUCAGCGCGGUAAGAUAAAACUGUCGAAUGACAAUAGGUUACUUGAUACUAAACAUAUUUAUUUAUUUUAAAGUCCCAACACAUAGUAAACAUCAAAAUAAACAUCAAAACAAACUAUUUUAAAAUUUAGAUAUUACUAUACUCUGUCGUGAUGUCAUACGAAAUGUAAAUCAUGUUUCACCACAAACAAUUCUUCUCAUUUUUUAAUGAAGAGACAAUCAUAAACACAUCAUAAUUUUAUCAAUUUCUUGUUCUUUAGUCAUUAUAACCUAAAGGUCAUGUGUCAGUGACAGUCUCAUAGCGUGACGUCACAACGUGGCGAUAAUGUUGCUAAAUUAUAUAGAUAGAUUUUUUUAUUGAAUCGAAAUAUGUAUUUUGUAAAAUGAAUCUUAUGUUUGAUAUAAGGUUUAUGUUAGUGAAACAUGUAAAUAUUAUUUUUACGUGCUCAGUGCAUAGCCCUAGAAGUCUUAAUGUGAAUGUGAACUUGAUGGUUAUUAAAGUAUGAUAUAUUCGUGAGAUGUUUGUUAGAUUACAGUCAUGUAAAUAUUUUAGGUAUAAGGUAUUGUUAGAUAUAGGCAUUCAAUGAUUUUUUUAAGGUAAAUUGAAAUGAUUCCAACUAUAUGUGUUAGUUAAUUAUAUAUAUUUUUUU